CAGCUUGCCUCGAGCUUGCCGCUACUCAGACGCGCACCAGCCUCGCAGACAUGGUUCUCGCUCCGCCAACCGACCCGAAUCACCCGAACGACCACUCGCUCAUCGACCACCGCGACGACCCGAACCACCCGGCGUUCCUCAUCCCCGAGCUGUGCCGCGGCUUCUACACCCUCGGCUGGGUUACGGGCACGGGAGGAGGCAUCUCGAUCCGCAACGGCGACAAGGUGUACCUCGCGCCGAGCGGCGUGCAGAAGGAGAAGAUCGAGCCGCGAGACCUGUUCGUCUUGACGCUCAAGGAGCGCGACUUCUUGCGGUGGCCGAUCCACAAGCCCCUCAAGCAGUCGGCGUGCACGCCCCUGUUCUACAACGCCUACGACCUGCGCGACGCCGGAGCCUGUAUCCACACACACUCGCAGCACGCGGUCAUGGCGACGCUCCUGUGGCCCGGCAACGAGUUCCGCAUCUCGCACCAGGAGAUGAUCAAGGGCAUGCGGCACGGCGGCACGGGCGCCGCCAUGAGCUACCUCGACACGCUCGUCAUCCCCAUCAUCGAGAACACGCCCGACGAGGAGGACCUGCGAGAGGGUCUCGAAGAGGCGAUGCGCAAGUACCCUGACGCGCCUGCUGUGCUCGUCCGCCGACACGGCACCUACUCUUGGGGUCCCGAUGCCGAGCGCGCAAAAGGGCAAGCCGAGUGCCUCGACUACCUGCUCGAAGUGGCGGUCAAGAUGAAGCUCGCAGGGAUGGAGACGAGCGACUUCCAGCACGACCACGACCACUCGACGAGCCGACCAGCACACGACCACGACUCGCGCCUCGCCCCUCGCGCGCCGCCUCCGACCACCACCAACCACACCCGACUCGACCUGCACCGCGACCAGCCCACCUUCGCCGCUCCCUCCCACCCCCGCCGAGCGUCGAGCUCGAUGGCGCCGUCCGAUCGUCCCCCGCGAGACGAUCCGCCGCCUCACCGCCCCGACCGGUCGUCCGCCCGGCCCUACCCUGGGCCGCAAGGUGCAGCAGCAGCAGCAGCAGCGCCGCCGCCCCGGCCGGGCAUGCCGUCGCCCCAGUUCGAGUCGGCCUACUCGACCAAGAGCGCCGCCGACAGCCUCCCAGGCCACAAGGUCCAGUUCUCGCGCCACGACGCGGCCGGCAGCUCGUCCGUGUACGGCGACACGGCGAGCCAGGCCAACGUGCCCCUCGUCGGCUACUCGUCGUCGCUCGCCGUCCCCGCGCCGGGCAUGUCGGCCGCCAACUCGGGCGCCGACUUUCGCCGCAAGCGCUCGCUCGUGCGCCCCGACCGCGAGCGCGUCGACGAGUCGCACCGCCUGUACAACUACCGCCAGCACGCCGCCGCCAUGGAGGCCGAGGGCCGCGGCACGGCCGCCGUCUCGCGCACGGGGCACUCGGCGGCCGCAGGCCUGCUCCACCCGGUCGGCCCCGCCGAGGUGAGCGGCGCAGCGGCGUCGGCGGCGGCGUACCCGCACCCGCAUGCGCUCCCGCCAGGCGCAGGCGGCGCAGGCCCGAGCGGGUCCUCGGCGGCGCCGGCGACGGCCGGUCCCUCGUCGUCGGGCGGGGCGACGACGCUCCGGCGCGGCAAGAGCAUCCUCGCGCGCGAGGAGGGCAUGGCCAACGAGACGGGCGUCAACCUGUUCAAGCGCGGCGGGACCAUGCGCCGCGUCGGCGGCGGCAAGCUCGGCAAGAAGAACGCGCACGCCGGCGGCGCGUACGAGCGCGCGCAAAAGGCCAAGCAGCAGGCGGCGGGUCCGCCCAUGGGCGCCUGGAUGAUCUACUGCCGCAUCCUGACGGCGUGCUUCCCGGCUCCGUUGCUCAAGUGCUUCGGCUUCAAGACCAAGGACCGCCAGUCGGCAUGGCGCGAGAAGAUCGGCCUCCUCAGCAUCAUCGCGCUCGCCAUGGCCUUUGUCGGGUUCCUCACGUUCGGCUUCACGCAGACCGUGUGCGGCACGCCCGCCCUGCGGUACCGCGCCGGCAACAUCGACACGGGCUCGAUGAUCUUCCACGGCUUCAACUACGACAUGGACGGGUUCCGGCACCCGGCAGCGGCCGGCAUCUCGGAGGGCUCGAACCCGCUGUACGACAUCUUCAACGCCGGCGGCAAGGACGGCUCGUUCCUGUUCCAGAAGGUCAACCAGAAGUGCCUCGGCAUCAUCACGCCCGCCGCGCGCACCGGCAUCACGCACAACGGCGACGAGAUGGGCUGGUACUUCCCGUGCAACCUGUACGACCAGUGGGGCUCGAGCGUCCGCAACCUCACCGACUACGCCGAGGGCACCAUGUGCCACACGCAGGCCGACGCACGCGUCCAGUUCAGCCAGCUCAAGUCGCUCGGCCAGGUCUACUUCGAGUGGGACGACCUCAAGAACUCGAGCCGCAACCUUGCCGUCUACGACGGAGCCGUCCUCGACUUUUCGCUCCUCAACUGGCUCGACAACUCGCAGGUCGCCUACCCGCCCAUCUUCGACAGCCUCAAGUCGGGCACCAACGACUCGUUCACCGGGCGCGACAUCACGUCGCUCAUGGUCAACUCGGGCCAGCGCGACGUCGCCGAGUGCCUCGUCGACACGAUCCGCGUCGGCUUCAUCGACUCGGUCACGUUCGGCUGCGUCGCGUCCGACGUCGUCCUCUACGUGUCGCUCGUCGUCAUCAUCGGCGUCGUCCUCCUGCGGUUCCUCAUGGCCGUCAUGUUCGGCUGGUUCCUGUCCUGGAAAAUCGGCAAGUUCCCCGACGAGACGUACGAGCAGCGUCGCGCCCGCGCCGCCGAGAUCGAGAACUGGACCGACGACAUCUACCGCCCGGCGCCGGCGCGGUACCGCCCGAGCGUGCCCAAGUCGCAGCAGGGCGGCGCAGGCGGCGGCGCGGGAGGGCCCAACAAGCUCCAGAAGAAGUCGGUCCUCCCGACGACGAGCCGUUACUCGAAGACGGACCUCCUCAAGGCGGGCGGCGGCGGCGGCAAGGGCGCCGACGGCUCGCUGUCGCGCAAGGGCAUGCUCGGCGCCGCCAUGCGCAACUCGCCGCCCGGCUCGCCCGGGACGCCUCGCGCCUCGCGCAGCUCGACGAGCCUGCCCAUGUCGUCCUUCACGCUCGACGGCCUUGCGGCGCGCGGCAACGGCGGCAAUCCGGCGUCCGAGGGCGCCAUGGGCGCGUGCCCGUUCCCGCUUGGCGACGUCGUCGCCCAGCCGUCGGCCGACUUUGAGCCGUUCAACUACCCGCUCGCGCACGCCCUCCUCCUCGUGACGGCCUACUCCGAGUCGGUCGAGGGCCUGCGCACGACGCUCGACUCGCUGUCGACGACCGACUACCCGAACUCGCACAAGACGAUCCUCGUCAUCGCCGACGGCAUGGUCAAGGGCUCCGGCAACGAGCUCACGACGCCCGAGAUCGUCCUCGGCAUGAUGAAGGAGUUUGUCGUCGCGCCGGCCGAGGUCGAGUCGUACUCGUACGUCGCCAUCGCCGACGGCCACAAGCGGCACAACAUGGCCAAGGUCUAUGCCGGCUUCUACGCCUACGACGACAACACGGUCGAGCGCUCGAAGCAGCAGCGCGUGCCCAUGCUCCUCGUCGCCAAGGUCGGCAACCCGGCCGAGGCGCACGACGCCAAGCCGGGCAACCGCGGCAAGCGCGACUCGCAGAUCGUCCUCAUGAGCUUCCUGCAGAAGGUCAUGUUCGACGAGCGCAUGACGACGUUCGAGUACGAGUUCUUCAACUCGCUGUGGCGCGCGACGGGCGUCUCGCCCGACAAGUACGAGCUCGUCCUCAUGGUCGACGCCGACACCAAGGUCUUCCCCGACUCGGUCAGCCGCAUGACGGCGUGCAUGGUCAACGACCCCGAGAUCAUGGGCCUGUGCGGCGAGACCAAGAUCGCCAACAAGAGCGACUCGUGGGUCACCAUGAUCCAGGUCUUCGAGUACUACGUGUCGCACCACCAGACCAAGGCGUUCGAGUCCAUGUUCGGCGGCGUCACGUGCCUGCCCGGCUGCUUCUCAAUGUACCGCAUCAAGGCGCCCAAGGGCGGCGACGGGUACUGGGUCCCGAUCCUCGCCAACCCCGACAUCGUGCAGCACUACUCGGAGAACGUCGUCGACACGCUCCACAAGAAGAACCUGCUCCUCCUCGGCGAGGACCGGUACCUGUCGACCCUCAUGCUGCGCACGUUCCCGCGCCGCAAGAUGAUGUUCUGCCCUCAAGCCGUCUGCAAGACGAUCGUCCCCGACACGUUCUCGAUCCUCCUGUCGCAGCGCCGUCGCUGGAUCAACUCGACCGUGCACAACCUGUUCGAGCUCAUCGUCGUCCCCGACCUGUGCGGCGUCUUCUGCUUCAGCAUGCGCUUCGUCAUCUUCAUGGAGCUCGCCGGUACCCUCGUCCUGCCCGCCGCCAUCGCGUUCACCCUGUACCUCAUCGUCGUCGCCAUCAUCCCGGGCACCGUCAAGCCCGUCGUCUCGCUCGUCCUGCUCGCCCUCAUCCUCGGUAUCCCGGCCAUCCUCAUCGUCGUCACCUCGCGCCGAUUCGCCUACCUCGGCUGGAUGCUCAUCUACCUCGUCUCGCUCCCGGUCUGGAACUUUAUCCUGCCCGUGUACGCAUUCACACACUUCGACGACUUCUCGUGGGGCGCGACGCGUCAAGUCGAAGGCGAGACGGGCAAGCACGACCACAGCGCCAAGGAGGGCGACUUUGACUCGUCGCACAUCGCCAUGAAGCGCUGGGCCGACUGGGAGCGCGACCGUCGGUACAAGUCGGCGACGCACUCGCGCGACUCGGUGUACGGCCUCGACCAGCACGCCGGCCCGUCGUACCGAGGCGGCUCCCCGGGUCGCCCUGCGAGCCACCGCCAGUCGAUCCUCUCGAGCACCGACACGACCGACUCGGCGCAGCCUCACAGCGCGCGGUACCCGACCGAGCUCUCGCUCCCGGCGCCGCUCGCUCCCGCCGCCAACAUCUCGCCCGCCUCGUCCGACACGAGCCUCGACCGCGCUGGGCGCGGCAUGGCGCAGCCGGUGCAGCGCGGCGCGGCGCCGCCACGUGGCCCGCACGACUACCCGUCCUUCCACGACGCCGGCUUCGAGGACGAGGCGGACCGGCCCAUCCUGUACCAGCACUCGCCGCCGACCGACUCGGUGUCGCACUUCUACUCGAACGAGCCCGAGGCCCUCCUCCCGCCGCCCGGCAUCGCGUCCGGCUCGACGUCGACCUCGAACGGCUCGUCGCCCAUCUCGUCGCCGCCGCAGGCCUUUGCGAGCAACAACCCGUUCGCCAACCCGCCCUCGCCUCGCCCGCCUCGGCGCGGCGUCUCGUUGUCGGACGUCGGCCCCGUGCCGGCCUCGAGCGGCGAGGGCGUCCGCGUCGUGCAGCGCCACUCGCGCCGCGCGAGUCGCCCGUCGACGCAGGGCAGCUCGGUCCCGUCGUCGGCGAGCGGCGGCGGGCCCGGCGCGACGGACAGCUGGUACGGCGAGUCGACGAGCGGGCACUCGGGCAGCAGCUCGGGUGGGCACUUGCCGCCGGGCGCGGCGCCGCCGAGGCACUCGUUCGGCGGCGGCGCAGCCUGAUAGGGCUGCGGCCUCGCCGAACCCGUCGUUCCUUCUCCUCUCUCUCCCUCAUCCCCCCUCAUGGACACUCCCCUCGCCCUCUCCGUCCGCAUUGCACUCGGUCCUGUCCUUUUCUCCGUUCUGCAUACCCCCGCUCGCCCUUUAAUCGUUCCGUCACGCCCCUUCCUCUCCUCUCCCUCACGCCUGUCGCCAUUCUCUCCAUUCCUCCCUUCACCAUGGACCCUCUCGAUGACGACCCGCCCCCUUUCCUUUGGACCUGCAAGGACACUCGGCUUUCCCUCUCUCC